UGUGAAAGUACUUAAUCUUAUUAUCGUGCCUAAGAAUCUAUAUGCCGAAAUAAAUUUUAAAAAGUUACUAAAUUUGAUAAUGUAUGACUAUGUAAAAACACAAUAUUUUUGUUAUCAGUGGUGUCGAUACUCUAUUACCUUUUGCUGAUUUUGAACAGUGGUUGCUUAGAUUUUUGACAGUUGAAGGGGGAUCCAUUGGAAUGCUUUUUUAAAAUAGUUUAAUACCGAACAGUAUUUUUUUACUAUAUUAACAAUGUACCCCAUUCUAUAAAAUAAGGAAAUGUAAAAAAAGGUUAGGCGAUUUACAUCUUGUUUUAAAAUUGUGCCCUUGUGCAGGAUCUGAUAGCUAGCACCUUUUUGAAAAUAUGUUACAACGGGCUCCUAAUCAUCUAAAACUUCUUCAUGAUAUUAGCCAUUAUAGUAAAGAAUGUUUGUACAUGUUUCAAGUACGAUAUGCACGAAGAUAUACCAAUACUUUGAUAACGCAUAACUACAAUACAAGAUGCAAGUUACAAAUUCUUGCAAAUCCUCAAAAGAUUUUUGCUGCAAAAAGAAUAGGGUAUCCACAAGAAUGGAGGUGGAUCUUUAUUUCAAUGUCCAGGCCAAUCUCUAUCAUAGCAAAAUUACAAAAAGAAAUUUCACAAGACACAAGUACAAAAGCAGAAUCUGCAGUAGAACAAAAGAUAAUAGAAUUAAAAAAAGAAAAUUUAGGGCAAUUAAAAGAGAGAAAAUUAGAUGUUAAACCUGAUAAUAAUCAAGCUAAGGAAGGGCAACAGAAUUUGAAGACAGAAGCCAAAAAGAAAUCUAAGAUAGACAAAAGUGUUUCAUCUCUAGAACGUAAUUUUAUUACACCAGUUAGAGCAAUGUCUGACUUUUUGCUACAACCAUCUGAUCUUGAAAAUUUACCAAAGACAAAAAGAAGAUCACCCUAUGAAUAUGAACCACCAAUUACUGUUUAUUGGUGGAAAGAUGUAGAGGCUAAAGCAAUAGAAGUCUGGGGAUCAAGAGAAGCUUUAUUAAAAGAACUUCUUAAGAAAGAACUUGAACGAAAGGCAUAUCAGCAAAACAUAUUUACCGUAAAACGACGAUUAAGAGAUUAUAGACGAGAAAUGGGUAAUAAAACCCAUGUAUUCGAAGAAGAGGGUCUUUUUGGUAGAUCUGGAAAAGUAGUUUUAACUGCUGUUGCAAUUAAUGCUUGCAACUUUUUAUUCAAACUAUGUGCAUGGUUAUAUACUGGUUCACAUAGUAUGUUUUCAGAGUGUGUGCACUCUGCUGCAGAUACUUGUAAUCAGUUAAUAUUAGCAUAUGGUAUUCAUAAAUCAGUACAAAAUCCCAAUCCCGACCAUCCGUAUGGUUAUACAAAUAUGAGAUAUGUGUCUUCUUUAAUAUCUGGAGUUGGUAUCUUUUGCGUUGGAACUGGUCUAUCGGUAUAUCAUGGUAUUCACGGUAUUCUUCAUCCUUCGACAAUAGAGUCGUUUUACUGGGCAUAUUUUAUAUUAGCUGGUUCGUUAGUAUCUGAGGGUGCAACUUUGUUAGUCGCAAUACAAUCAAUUAAAAGGGGAGCAGACGAGAAACGACAAACGUUUCAAGAAUAUGUAUUAGCAGGACAAGAUCCUUCCGUAAAUGUCGUACUUACGGAAGACUUCGCAGCGGUAGUUGGUAUUAUAUGUGCAGCUGGCUGUAUGGGUUUAACUUCUUAUAUGGGAAAUCCGAUAUUUGACUCUAUUGGAUCUCUUUUAGUCGGUGGCCUGCUCGGUGCAGUGGCUGGGUUUAUAAUACAUACAAACGCUGGCGCUUUAAUUGGUAGAAGUAUUUCUCAGGAAGACCUGGAUAAAAUUAAUGCAGAACUAGAGUCGGAUAUAAUGGUUCGAGCAAUUUAUGAUGUUAAGGGUAUCGAUAUGGGUAAUAAUUUAGUCCGGUACAAGGCUGAAUUAGAUUUUGACGGGAGGGAAUUAACGAGAUCUUAUUUGGAGAAACAUGAUCUUGCUCAGAUGUUAAAGGAAGUGCAAGCAAUGAGUGACAUAAAAGAAUUGGAAGCAUUUAUAUUAAAGCAUGGUGAAGGUAUUGUUGAUAUGCUUGGUGGAGAGAUAGACAGAAUGGAACUAAAACUGAAGAAAAAACAUCCAGAGAUUCGACAUUGUGACCUGGAGAUUUUAUAAAUGCUUCUGUACAGUAAAAAAAUGUAUCUAAUAAAUUAUAUACGUUCUGAUGUAAAUAAUGUUUUAUAACACUUGCGCAAUAUGUCAAUCAUAUCUACU